CAGCAGCCGCCGCCACCACUCUCAUCUGACAGCAGCCGAAGCCAGUCCAACAGAAACCACUGCCAUCGCCAGAUCCACAGCAGCCACCGCUUGUCUUGGAGAAGCUGCCAUCAGCACCACAGCAGCUACUGAUCAGCGAUGGAAAAUGGUGCUGUAUGAACGACUCCAUCGUACAGCUCGUCGACACCAAGGCUGUGAUGAGUGAGCAGGCCUACAUGCUCUUCUAUAUUCGGUCCCCAGAAUUGAAUGCGCAACCAACGGACAGCUACCGCCCGCUGGAGCACGUCAAGGCGACGUCUAAGUUGUGCAUCAAACGUUCCCACUCGGCGAUGGAGACCCAGGACCUCGUCACUGAACAGCAGCUCUCUUCACUGGCACGCAAGAAAUUCAAGAUGGCCAACCACCCCAACGGGAACAACUGCCGGAGCAACUGCAAGGGCGACGGCAGAAACAGCGGCAGCAGCUGCUACCGGCAACGCCAGGCACGCAACAGCCGCGGCCGCCGCCCCAAGUCCCAGAGCAUCCGCCACCACCCCGAUCUCCAAGCAGCCACUGCCAGUCCAACAGCAACCACCGUCACCGCCAGUUCCGCAGCAACCAUCGCCAGUCCCGCAGCAGCCAAUACCACCACCACCACAUGUCUCGAAGAAGUCAGCGCCACAGCAGCCAUCGCCAGUCCCGCAGCAGCCGCCACCACCCUCAUCUCACAGCAGCCGUCGCCAGUCUUGGAGAAUCUGCCAUCAGCACCACAGCAGCUACUGCCACCGCCAGUCCUGCAACAGCCACCACCACUACAGCUUGUUUUGAAGAAGCCGUCUCCUCGCAGUCGCUGCCAUUCUAACAACAGCCGCCACCACCCCCCAAUCUCAUAGCAGUUGCCGCUGGUCCAGCAGAAACCACUAUCGUCGCCAAAUCUACAACAGCCACCGCCUGUCUGGGAGAAGCCGCAGUUAGUACUACAGCAGCUGCCGUCACCGCCUGUCCCCCAGAAGCCACUUCCAACGCCAGUCCAACAGCAGCCACCGCCACUCUGGUCUCACAGCAGCCACCACCGGUGUAACAACUGGCACUCGCCCCACCGAUAGUGGUUGGUGCCUGAAUUCCACACGAUCAAGUGGCUCACCCUUUGCUUCCUCUCAAAUUCAAACUAAUUUUGAGAGACAUUUUAGGAAGGCACCAGGAAGCGGCUCACCAUGGCGUCGCCGGUGCCCCAAAAUGUACUCAUCGCCAGCUCCACCAUCAGCACCUGAAAUCACUUGAACAUCAUUGGAAUCACCUUGGACUCUACAUUCUCACUCGACGACCACAUUCUCUACAAUAAAGAGUUCCAAUUAUUACCUCAGGGCCUUAUGGCACACCUGUCCAAUGCUGACAUGGAAAACAUUUAAAGAAACUCUAAACUCACAAUCCACAACGACUUGAAAAACUCAGCAUGAAAGCGCUUAAAAUCACGCAUGCAUUCUGGGAAACAAGAGCCAAGAUCCAUGCAGCCGACACCAACCCAUUACGGCUUGGAGAUUCUGUUCAUUACGAGAUCAAUCGUCAAGAGAGUUGGCCCCAGGAACGUUAUUGUCAUGGUGACCGUAAAAUGAACCGUCCCAUAACAAAUGAAGACAAAAGUUGUGUUCCGCGCAACGUGAGGCUGGAGUGCGGUCUCAGUGAGGUCGUGCAAGGUAUUCCCUACGGUUCUUGUCUCUGUUCAUUUGAAAUGUGGGGCAUUAUUUUGCGUUGUGUCGGGGAUUUAAAAAGUCACCGCUGUUGCAAAGUAUUUAUUUAUUGAACUAUGAAUACGUCGGCAUUUUUUAUACUACAUAUCUGUUAAAUCUUUACUUAAAGCUUUCGUGACUGCAGGAAUUCAUAUUCUUUGGGUCUUUCGGUAAAGCCACGUAGAUAGAAAAAAUAAUCAAAAUAAUAACAAUAAUCUCUAAACCUUUAUAUACAGCCUGCCUCGGCAGAUUUCCCCCUCUUUUUUCACCUCAAGACGAUUGCUUGUGUUGCGAUCGAAACGUUGUGAUAUUGUUAUUAUUUUGAUAAUUGUUUCUAUCUACGUGGCUUUACCGAAAGACUCAAAGAAGACAUAUCUGUUACUUUGUUUU